AUGUCUCGCUGCGUGCGGUGCAGCGUGCAUUGGACAUUGUUUGCUCAAUGUUCUUUGCUUCUUCUCGUUCUGUUUCAUAUUAACGUCGCCUCCUCAGCCGCAGUAACCCCGCCACCGGACAUCGCUGACGUCCUCCUCAAGUUCAAGGAGUCACUCAAGGUUAGUGGUGAUGAUGCGCUGAAGAGUUGGGUGAAAAACACUCUUCCGUGCGGUACGAAUGCCAAAGCCAAAGCCAAAGAGGGGAAUUGGGCCGGCGUUCUUUGUGACAGGGGAAAGCUUUGGGGCUUGCUGCUGGACAAAAUGGGGUUAAGCGGCGACAUUAAUGUCACAGCACUCGCCGAGCUUCCAGACUUGAUAAGCGUAAGCAUCAUGAACAAUAACUUCGAGGGUACGAUGCCGGAGUGGAAUAAAGUUAGUUUGUUGAAAACGUUGUAUAUGUCUGAUAACAAAUUCUCCGGGGAGAUUCCGGCCGAUAGGUUCGAGGGAAUGAAGGCAUUGAAAAAGCUUCAUAUGGCGAAUAACCAGUUGUCGGGUGAGAUUCCAAAGUCGUUGACAUCCUUGAAAAGGCUGGCGGUGCUGACCCUUGACGGGAACAACUUUACAGGCAAAAUACCAGAUUUUGAACAUGCUAAUUUGAAAGAGUUUAAUGUCUCCAGAAACAACUUGGAGGGUGAGAUCCCACACAUCUUUAAGGCCUUGGAUCCAAACAACUUUCAAGGGAAUAAAGAUCUGUGUGGAGCUCCUUUACAUCCAUGCUCAGCUCCGACCAAACACGUUAAUACAGCGAAGCCCAAUGGUGCUCACACCGCCCUGAUUGUGAUUAUGAGUCUCAUAGCAGUCAUAUCCAUCUGUGCGGCAAUCUUCUUCGUCGUCGUUAGACGUCGCAACAAAGAAGCCGAAUACUUAUCAUCAAAUAUAGAGUCUCCACCGGCAUCAUCGGUCCAGAACAGAUCAGUAGCUGUAGCUCCGAAAGAACCAGAACCAGACCAAGUUAGCCAAACAUCAGAGCACUCGACUAAAAGCGAAAGAGCAGCAGCAGCAGGAAGUAGUGGCGGGAAGAAGGGUGAUAGCUUGAAGCUCUCAUUCGUCCGAGACGACAGGCAAAGGUUUGAUAUGCAAGACUUGCUUAAAGCCUCGGCCGAGGUGUUGGGAAGCGGCAGCUUUGGGUCUUCUUACAAGGCGGCGCUGCUGACUGGACCGGUGAUGGUUGUGAAGAGGUAUAAGCAAAUGAACAGUGUGGGAAGAGAGGAGUUCCAAGAGCAUAUGAGGAGACUAGGGAGAUUAGGACACCCUAAUUUGCUUCCACUUGUGGCUUAUUACUAUAAGAAAGAAGAGAAGCUCUUGAUCACCGACCAUGUUGCCAAGGGCAGCUUGGCUGUUCAUCUUCAUGGACACCAGAACCAAGAUCAACCAAGCCUUGACUGGCCAAAACGUUUGAAGAUUGUGAAAGGCGUAGCACAAGGGUUGAAGUACCUCUACAAUGAGCUGCCGAGCCUAAUCACACCCCAUGGCCACCUAAAAUCCUCGAACGUUCUUCUCAGCGAAACCUACGAACCCCUCAUCACCGACUACGGCCUAAUCCCCAUAGUGAAUCCAGAGCAUGCUCAAACCCUAAUGGUGGCAUACAAGUCCCCAGAGUACGUCGCAACGAAGCGGAUCACAAAGAAGACCGAUGUAUGGAGCCUCGGUGUGCUCAUCUUGGAGAUCCUAACAGGGAAGUUGCCAACCAACUUUCUGCAACAUGGUAAGGGAAGUGAGGAGGACCUGGCGAGCUGGGUGAACUCGGUGCCUAAAGAGGAGUGGUUCACGCAGGUGUUCGAUAGGGAAAUGAAUGCAAGCAAGAACUGCGAGGGGGAGAUGCUGAAGCUCUUGAAGCUUGGGUUGGAAUGUUGCGAAGGUGAUGUGGAGAAGAGGUGGGAUUUGAAGGAGGCUGUUGGGAGGAUUGAAGAGUUGAAAGAAGUUGGUAAUAGUGGUGGUGGUGGCGGUAGCGGCGGCAGUCCGGAUGUGGAUUUUCUCUCUUCUUCCACUAGUGAAGUUGACAUCAUGAAGUUGGCGGUGUGA